AGAGAGAGUCGCAACAGGGCUUUCCGUUUUCGUCUGACACUCGCCAAUUUGUUAAUCGACCUAACCUGAUCUUGUAUCCAUCGGUGCGCGAUAGAGAGCGACAAGAGUCCGGUAUAAUAUCUUCUCUCUCCAGCAAGUUCUUCGACUCGAUUCGUGCAGAAAGUAGCUGAAUAUAGCCUAAGCGAAUGUCGGUUGUGCAUAGACGUCCCCAGGGUAAUUGGGUGCAUCAGCCAUCCCCGUACCCCAGAUUUCUCAGGAAUUCUGGAAUUCAGGAUACGAGGUAUUCGGGACAUCGGAAUAUUAUGGAGUGAGGCGAGGGACAUUUUAAGCGGCUUCUUUCUUGAUCUAUUAGCGCCGGCGGUUCCAUAUUUAAUUUCAGUCAGAUACGGCCUGGUAUCGAAGUAGAUUCGAAAUCGAAGCAGCGGUCGCGUGCUGGCGUGCAUAAGAAAUCGCGCGAAUUUAUGUCGACGGAUUGCACGGGACCUCGAGGAACACUUGGCUUGGAAUUCUGGAUAUUUGGAUAAGUUUAACGGUUCGAGAAUUUAAAGGGGUCUCGGGAUGGAUUCGAACAGUGCGGAAGGCAGCGGUGGCGGCGGAGAUGGUACAGUCGAUCGAGGGCGCGGAAGAGGAUCUUGGAAUCCACUAAAUAACUCAGGGCAACGAUUCGCUUUACGACGGCCACGUAAUUCUACCUCCGAGAACCAUGGACCAGAUUCCAGUAAACCGCAAAACAAGGAGUCUAUAAAUGAGGUAGUAAAAAAUUCAAGGCUUUCCGCCGAUGCUGCUGAAUUUGUUCCAAAAAGUCAAGUUGUACAGGUUCAACCUCUGAUGCAGAAUGCUCCAGUUUACGUCCCACGACCUUCCGUCCAAAAUCGUCUUGCGAGGCAACCUCAAAACGAUCGGCAGGAUCAUCGUCAGCGGCAGACUCAACAGCAAAUUUAUGGUUCGCGUCAGCAAACGCACCAACAGUAUGCUUUAAUGCAGCAUCAACAACAACAGCAUAUGCAGUACCAACAGUACGUAGAUACCUCUCGGUAUCCUCGAUAUGGUCAACGUACGCAUGAACCAGAUUAUGGAAACUCCGAUGGAGGAGCUGGAGAUUUCCGCGAGCAACAGCAGGUGCUAGGAAGUGAAAGCAAUGAUCAAGGCACAGGAUUAACUGGUACAAUACGGCGCCUCGAAUGUGCUAUGCGCAAUCUUACAGCAUGUCCUGGUCGUUUUGACCUGUUGGUUGCCCCACUGGUUGAUAUCGUCAGUCCUUAUCUCGAUCGACAGAGUCCUUGUCAUCAGAUCGUCUCUGCGAUUCUUCAGCAGUCCAUAACAGAGGGCAACUUCCGAUACAGUGGAGCCAGGUUGUGCACGCAUUUAGAUACAGUGACAUCAUCUAAUGAUCGAGCCACUUCGGUUUUCAGAGAAACCCUGUAUGCUCGAUGUCACGAAGAGACCGAGUCGCAGGCUUUGGCUUGGGUGCAGAGAAGCGAAGACAGCGAAGAAAGUGAAAAGAAGUGUCAUGGCUUGAUUUUAUUCCUGGCCGAGUUAGUCGCUCAGAUGGAAUCGUCCUCUGCUCUAGUCCUCGGGAAAUUGCUGAUCAUGCUGAUUUCCGUGGUUUUGAAGAGACCUGCUCCCAACUCUGCCAAGCACAUCUGUCAGGCAUUAAAGCUGGCUGGCCAGACUUUGGAAAGAGACAGUACCGGGAGUCGCGGGGAAAUGGAGCGCGUGAUGCACGCACUGACCGAGCUAGUGAUCCAGGGACACGUUGAUCAACACGUGAGUCGUAUGGUCCAGGGCGUGCGCGAGCUCCGGAACUGCAACUGGGGUCGCGUGGUCGCACCUCACGUGCCCGUGCCCCUCGAUCCCGAUCGUUCUUCGAACACUCCGCAGCAAACCGACGAGCCCGUGCUCUACGGUCCAGAUGGAAACGUCCUAUCGGCGGAGGAGAGAACGUUCCUGCAGGAAAAUGCCUGGGAAGACGAGUGCAGAGAACCGGAUUUGGCUGACGGCGACGAGGAAGGGAAUUCCGACGAGGACGCUAUCAUAGCCGCUGCUUACGAAGAGUUUCUCAAACUCGCCCCGAACCAGAGCGACGACAAAGUGCGUCGGUAAACGAACGAAAGUAAUCACGGAGUUACGUAUUCGACAUCGGAUACACAUCGAUACAGAAAACUAACGAGGCGCAUAAUACUCUCCUCUCAAUAGGCGAGCACUUUUAAAGAACCGAUCAAGGAAAGCGCGUUCGUCGGUACGGUUCACACUCCGCCGAGCGUAAUAUAUAUUUAUAUAUAGUCUCUCUGUCGAAAUUUAGACUAGGACAUGAACGUUAGUCAGGGGAUUACCAUUGGAUUGCAUUUAAAUCGGGGCGACGUGUCGUUUCGAUGACCGAGGGUAGAGCUGGACAUAGUGCCGGAGCGUAGCAGGUAACGCUAAUUUUAUACGAAACGAAGUAAUUUACUCGCAAUAAAGCCCGUUAGACGUCA